AUGAGCCAAAGCAACAACCACACCUCCCAUGGCCAGAGUCUUUCGAACGUCACCGGACCGAACGCUGACCAUGCCCAGACGACGGAAGGCCAUGAACCGAAGACACAGACGGAUACUCAAAGCAGCGACUGGAAGAAACGCAGUCAGAGUUCUCAGGACGUCGCCGGACCAAACGAUGAUGGUAUCCAAACGACGGAAGGCGGGCAUAAGCGGAUGAAGGUGGAUAACGAAGAAAACCGCCACCAGCUGGAGGUGGAUCACCAAGUCAACAAUAGCGCUACGCCCAGCCAGAGCCUGAACAACACACAAUCGGUUCCCUCGCCCUAUCCAUUCAACCGCGUGGGCACCUAG